CCUGCGCACACACACGCGCACACAGCGAUGCCACCUCCACCACCGGACCGGAAUAUACUAAGAUGUAGAAUUUGCAUCCAUAACGACGGCUCUGUCGCGCAUCAACCAGACCCGUCUUGCGUCUUUCCUGCAGGACCAAGGAUACCCGUUUCUCCUUCAGCUCAGAGCAUAAGAAGACAAACGGAUUGAUUGAUAAACGAGAGGAGAGCUCAGGAGGAGCUCAGAGGAAGCUGAACCUGUGAGGAACCGAGAGGAACCUGUGCAUUAUUUUUCCUGCGACUGUAUCUCAACUGAGAACUCCAGUGCUGAAGGACCGCAAGAAUUAUCCUUCUCUCUCUCUCUCUCUCUCUCUCUCUCUCUCUCUCUCUCUCACACACACACACACACACACACACGAGCGCAGCCUCCUCAUCCAUAGCUGCUCCGGAACUCCUUAAACCUGGACUGAUUUUUUUUAUUUUUUAUUUUAAAUGUGUUUUCCGUCCUGGGAGAUCCCUGACCAGCCCUGAGUGCCUUGUCUUCGGGACUGCGAUGAGCGGUGACCAGUGAGCGGUUUGCGCGUCGGCUCGUCUCCGUGCACGGUGCAGCAUGGCUCGGUGCCGCAGGGGCCGCGGCGGGCGGGAGAUCUCGCUCCUCCUGUCCGGAUGCCUGCUCCUGUCCGCCGCCGCGGCCAAGGUAUGCAACGACUACACGCGGCACGGCGCGGAAGCCGUCUGGUCCUCCAAGAACGUGCCAAUCAUGGUGCUGAUGCCGAUGAACGAGUCGGCGCUGAUGAGCAGCAUCAGCCAGGGCAUUGAGCCCGCUGUGCAGCUCGCCAUCCGGCACAUCCGAGAGUCCCAGCAGUACUCCUUUUCACUCAUCACCAAAAUCUACGACACCGAGUGUGACAAUGCAAAGGGAUUAAGGGCCUUCUUCGACGCAAUCUGCUAUGGUCCUAGACAUUUAAUGAUCUUUGGAGGAGUGUGUCCAUCAGUGACGUCUAUUAUCGCUGAGUCAUUAGAGGGGUGGAACCUGGUGCAGCUCUCUUUUGCCGCAACGACACCAGUCCUGGCAGACAAGAAGAAGUACCCGAACUUUUUCCGGACCGUUCCGUCAGACAAUGCGGUCAAUCCAGCUGUUGUAAAAUUCCUGAACUACUACAACUGGAGCAGAGUGGGGACCUUGACUCAGGACGUCCAGAGGUUCUCAGAGGUGCGGAAUGAUUUGACCAAUGAGCUUGAGAAGGCAGAUAUCCAGAUAGCAGACACUGAGAGUUUCUCUAAUGACCCCUGUAUUAAUGUGAAGAAACUCAAGGACAACGACGUGAGAAUCAUCAUUGGCCAGUUUGAUGAGAACCUGGCUUCUAAGGUCUUCUGUUGUGCCUAUAACCUGAACAUGUAUGGAAGUAAAUAUCAGUGGAUCAUUCCUGGCUGGUACCAAGGCAACUGGUGGGAGCAGGCAAAUUCUACCAACUGCACCACGAGGAAACUGCUGACUGCUAUGGAGGGGUACAUCAGUGUAGACUUUGAGCCUCUCAGUGCCAAGCAGAUUAAAGGAAUCUCUGGAAGGACACCCCAAGAGUAUGAGCAUGAGUACACCAGAGAGCGGGAACAGAAAGGAGUGGAGGCCAGCAAAUUUCACGGCUUUGCCUACGAUGGCAUCUGGGUGAUUGCUAAGACACUAAGCCGUGUAAUGGAGCAGCUCGGUCAAAAGAGGCAUGACGUUUACCAUAACAUGACCAAGGACGACCGGGAGGUGGGGAAGUUGGUGCUGGACGUGAUGAAUGAAACCAACUUCUUCGGAGUGACGGGUCAGGUGAUGUUCAGGAACGGAGAGCGCAUGGGAACUAUCAAAUUUACACAGUUUCAAGAGGGCCAGGAAGUAAAGGUUGGAGAGUACAAUGCCAUUGCUGACAUCCUAGACAUUAUCAACAACACUAUGAGGUUCCAAGGUGUGGAGCCUCCCAAAGACCGGACGUUUGUGCGUCUCGAGAGACGACACAUCAACGUACCGCUUUACAGCAUCCUGUCCACUAUCACUAUCCUGGGCAUGCUCAUGGCAGGAGCCUUCCUCUUCUUCAACAUCAAAAACCGAAACCACAGGCUGAUCAAAAUGUCCAGUCCUUACAUGAACAACUUGAUCAUCCUGGGAGGCAUGCUGUCCUACGCUUCCAUCUUCCUCUUCGGAUUGGAUGGCUCUUUUGUGUCAGACCAAGCGUUUGAGACUCUGUGCACUGUUCGCACGUGGAUCCUCAUUGUGGGUUACACGACAGCUUUUGGAGCCAUGUUUGCUAAGACCUGGAGAGUACACGCCAUUUUCAAGAAUGUAAAAAUGAAGAAGAAGAUUAUCAAGGACCAGAAGCUGCUGAUCAUUGUGGGAGGAAUGCUGCUAAUUGAUCUGUGCAUUCUCAUAUGCUGGCAGAUUGUGGAUCCCCUGAAGAGGACAGUGGAAAUGUACAGCUUGGAGGCGGACCCUCAGGGGCGAGACAUGGCUAUCCGGCCCUUCCUGGAGCACUGUGAGAACACACAUAUGACGAUUUGGCUUGGGAUCGUUUAUGCCUACAAAGGCCUCCUUAUGUUGUUUGGUUGUUUCCUGGCCUGGGAGACGAGAAAUGUCAGCAUCCCGGCUCUGAACGACAGCAAGUAUAUCGGCAUGAGCGUGUACAACGUGGGAAUCAUGUGCAUCAUCGGUGCAGCCGUGUCGUUCCUGACGCGAGACCAGCCGAACGUUCAGUUCUGCAUCGUAGCCCUGGUCAUUAUUUUCUGCAGCACCAUCACGCUCUGCUUGGUGUUUGUGCCCAAGCUUAUCACAAUGAGGACAAACCCGGACGCAGCCACCCAGAACCGACGGCUAAAGUUCACCCAGAAUCAGAAAAAGGAAGACUCCAAGACAUCCACAUCAGUGACCAGCGUUAACCAGACCAACACGUCCCGCCUGGACGGCCUGCAAGCGGACAACCACCGCCUUAGAAUGAGGAUCACAGAGUUGGAUAAGGAGUUAGAGGAGGUCACAAUGCAGCUUCAGGACACACCUGAGAAAACCCCUUAUAUUAAACAGAACCACUACCAGGACGUCAACAACAUCCUGAGCAUACGCAACUUCACAGACGGCAAAGAUGGUGAGAAGACAGUUUUGAAGAAUCACCUGGAGCAGAAACCACAAGCACUGAGGGGAUCCAUGGAUCCUUCUAGAAUAAGCAGAGGCCCACUAGAGGACAUCAACUCACCAGAACACAUACAACGCAGGCUAUCGUUGCAGCUGCCAAUUCUUCACCAUGCCUACUUACCGUCCAUAGGAGGAGUGGAUGCCAGCUGCAGUCCCAACAGCAGCCCGGCCUCGAGUCCCCGCCACAGACACAUGCCCCCCUCUUACCGGGUCAUGGUCUCUGGCCUGUGAGUUGUACCACAGCUCGGCGCUCUGAGGAACAGAUCUCCGUUUGAAAUCCAACAGACUGAGCCACAUCAGCAAUGAACGGAAGUAUGAGUGAGCUGGGGGGGUCCUCCUCGUACAUACAUACAUGACCCUCCUCCCAUCUCCGUCUAUGUCAGAACAAAACUGAUUUCUUUAGGCUGUGAGGGGAAUUUC